AUGUUAAAUAAAAUCAAAAUUGAUUCAGAAUCGCGCUUAAGUGAAGAAUAGAAGAUUAAAGAUCGUAGAAGGAAUGUUAUCAUUCUUAUUUAGCGUUAUCUUGUGAACUCUGGCUAUAUUGAAUCAGCUACAAAGUUAGGGACGGAAUCAAAUUUGACUUUGAAUCAAUAUGAUGCUGCAGAUAAUAUCGAUUUAUAUAUGAUACUAUGUGAAUUCGAAUAGUUUUAUGAAAUGAAAUUCAUGAAACCUCCUAAAUUAGUAAAAAAGGUUGAUGGACAAAACACUCCUGGAUUACCUCGAAUUCCAAGUUCUGGUAAAAGCAGUAGUACCAACACUAGUAAUUCAAAUAAUCAAAAUCCCACAGCUUCUAAUAAGAAAAAUACUUAAUCAUCUAAGGAGAAGGAUAAUAAUAAUAAAGAUGCAAAAAAUGAACCUGAUUCACUUGAAAUUUAAGGAACAGGAGUUUAAUAAAAAUAAUCAAAUAAUGAAGAAGCAAAUCAAAAAGACUGGUUUGACCCAAGAGUUUUAAAGGGAUUACCUGAUUAUUCUGAUGUUCCUGAAUUUUAACAACUAGCAGCUUAUUUACAAAGAGAUAUCUGUUCUGAAAACCCAAAUGUGAGAUUUUCUGAUAUUGCUGGAUUAGAUUAAGCCAAAAGGUUGCUUAAGGAAGCAGUAUUAGUUCCUCUUAAGUAUCCUCAUUUUUUCUAAGGGAUCUUGGAACCAUGGAAGGGUGUUCUAUUAUUUGGACCUCCAGGAACAGGUAAGACUAUGCUAGCAAAGGCUGUUGCUACUGAAUGUCGAACAACAUUUUUCAAUGUUUAAGCUUCAUCAGUAGUUUCUAAGUGGAGAGGGGAAAGCGAAAAACUAAUUCGUGUUCUUUUUGAUUUAGCUAGACAUUAUGAACCAAGUACAAUAUUUAUAGAUGAAAUGGAUUCAAUUAUGGGUUAAAGAGGAUCAGCUGGUAAUGAGCACGAAGGAGGAAGAAGAAUGAAAACUGAAUUGCUGAUAUAGUUAGAUGGUUUAUUAAAAUCUAAGAAAAGAGUCUUUUUAUUAGCUGCAUCCAAUCUACCAUGGGAUUUAGAUAUUGCUAUGUUAAGACGUUUAGAAAAAAGAGUAUUAUUUAGAAUAAUUAAUUAGAUAUACAUUCCAUUACCUGAUUAAGAAUCAAGAGAGUCUAUGAUUAGAAGAUAUAUUCCUUAAGAAAUGAGUGAAAAUCUCAAUUAUCCAUAAUUUGCAGAAGCUCUUAAAAAUUAUAGUGGCAGUGAUAUUAAAUUAGUUUGUAAAGAAGCAGCUAUGAAACCCUUAAGAAGACUCCUUAGUUAAAUUGAAGAUAUAUAAAUUGAUGUUAGAACAACAAAAUAGAAAAAAUAAUAAAACUUACCAUCUUAUGAUGAUGUUAGACCAGGGCCUGUUACUGAAACAGAUUUUGUAGAGGCAAUGAACUAGGUAAAACCUUCACCAAGUGUAUUAGAGAAUCAAUACUAAAAAUGGGAAAAAGAGAGUGGAUCGUGUUGA